UCUCUCUCCAUCCUCUCCUUCAGUGGGACCGACAAAGUCAUGAAAAGUGCCGUGGGUUCUGCAGCUUGACGGAAUUUCUUCUACGACUGCCACAAUUUGGGACAAGAUUGACAGGUGGGCCAACAUUACCCCCGUGUGUUACAGGAAGUGCAUCUGCUGUGAGUGGUCACCAUGGCCUCAAAUGGUCUGCAUGAGGAGGACCUGACCUGCACGGUGUGCUGGGACAUCUUUACGGACCCGGUGGUGCUCUCGUGCAGACACAGCGUCUGCAAGGGCUGUCUGGAGAACUACUGGAGCGAGAAGGAAGAGAACGAGUGUCCACUCUGCCGCCGGAGGUCUUCCCGCGACGACCCCCCCGUCUGCCUCCCCCUCAAGAACCUGUGCGAGGCCUUCUGGAAAGAGCGCGCCAGGCCCGAGGAGUGGUGCUCAGAGCACAGCGAGAGGUUCAAGCUCUUCUGCAAGGACGACAAGGAGCUGAUCUGUGUGGUGUGUCGAGACUCGAGAAAACACAAGAGUCACAAUUGUAGCCCGAUUGAAGAGGCGGCCAAGGAGAUCAAGGUUAAGUUUAGGGAUUUUUUUUAA